CCAGCCUCAUUAGCUGCUAGCUCUUCAGCAUCCUCCGACAGAAACCUCAGAGGCUUGAACAGGGCAGCAACCUGAAGCCAGCUGCUUUUGGCAGCUUCCUUUCCGGUCAGGCCUAACCUCUGUGCAGCUCUUAGUGCACCACUGACUACCAAGGGUGCAGAGCAGAGCACAGGAUGGAGCUUGGACGACCAGGGGCUGCAGCUACCGCCUUCCGUCAACGCUGGCCAGCCUGGAUGCUGCUGUGGGUCUCAACCCUGAGCUGUUCUUUCUCCUUGCCAGCUUCUCUCCCUCCUUCUCUGGUACCCCGAGUCAGAAGCAGCUACACUCUGGGAAAGACAUUCCUCGGUCUUGAUAAAUGCAAUGCCUGCAUCGGGACAUCCAUUUGUAAGAAGUUCUUUAAAGAAGAAAUAAGGUUGGACAACUCACUGGUUUCCCACUUGGGACUGCCUUCUCAGGACUUGCUUUCUUAUGCUGCAAAUUACUCAGAUGACUCUAAAACCUGGCGCCCUGUGGAGAUUUCUCGACUGGUCAGCAAGUACCAAAGUGAGAUCUCUGACAAGAGGAUCUGUGCCUCUGCAUCAGGACCAAAGACCUGCAGCAUUGAGCGCAUCCUUCGGAAAACAGGAAGGUUCCAGAAAUGGCUUCAGGCCAAGCGCCUCACACCUGACCUGGUGCAGGGCCUGCCCAGUCCCUUCCUGCACUGCCCUUCACAAAGACUCUUGGACCGUGUGGUUCGACGAUAUGCUGAAGUAGUUGAUGCUGGCAGCAUCUUCAUGGACCACUUCACUGACCGUGACAAGCUGCGUCUCCUCUACACACUGGCUGUCAAUGCACACCCCAUCAUCCUGCAGAUCUUCCCUGGAGCAGAGGGCUGGCCGAUGCCCAAGUACCUGGGCUCCUGUGGUAGAUUCCUGGUCAGUACUAGUACCAGACCGCUGCAAGAAUUUUAUGAUGCCCCUCCAGAGCAAGCUGCUGACAUUGCCUACCAACUCCUUGGGGUCCUGGAAUCCCUGAGGAGCAAUGAUUUGAACUAUUUCUUCUACUUCACCCAUGUUGAUGCAGGCAUGUUUGGCAUCUUUGACAAUGGGCAUCUGUUCAUCCGGGAUGCCAGUGCGCUAGGCAUCAUCGACAAGCAGGAAGCCAGCCAAGCAGCUGACAGGACUGGAGAGAAUGAAGACAUUUUUAGCUGCCUGGUUUCUGGAUGCCAGGUCCAGAUGUCUUCCUGUGACACUGUCCCUGAGAAGCAAAACCUUGUGCUGGUGUGUCAGCAGCUGCUGCCUCAACUUCUCCGGGGAAAGUUUCCCUCCCCUGUGCAACAGGAGAUAGACUCUGCUCUCAGCUUAUGUAGCAAGGAUGCCAGCACAAACCUAGAAGUUUUUGGGGCCACCAGUCUGCUCAAGAAUAUCUUGAGAUCUCUGAGAACCUGUGAUCCUAGAUUUGCCUACCGCUACCCAGACUGCAAAUAUAAUGACAGAUUCUGAGUGGCUGAAGAGACCAUCUGCAAGCUCUUCCAUGUCCCCGGUUGAGUUACUGUCAAACUGUAAGAAGCAAUUCCAUUUUGAAUAUUUAAGUACAUUGAUUUCCUAAGAAACACAAAAAACUAGUAGGAGAAACUCUGACACUGCAUCACUGAUGUCACUGUGGCAGAGUCAGAAGGUUGGCAUAGGAAAACCAGGUGUGAACACUCAAUAUCUUUGAACCUCCAUUUUCUGUAUAUUUUACCAGACUUUUGCAAGUUUAAAGAAAACAGAGAUAUAAGGGGCCGACAAAUACCGUUGUGACCUACAAAGCAUGUUCCAUAAGCAUACACAGAUUGGGCAAGUGAGAAAAUCCCAUGUGUUGGUAGCCUGGUGGAGAUAAAAGGCCAGGUGAAGGCAGGGCUUUGGGCCAUUGGAACUCAAGCCCCCUAUUCCUACUCUCCUGCAUCUGUGAGAAGAGACUAUAAACCAGAAGGAUGUUCUCACCUGCUCCUAGCUCCUGAACGCUCUGGGCACCUGGGUCUCCUUAUGCAUGUGCAGAAGUCACCUCAGGACAUGGAAAAGAGCCAAGGGUAAAAAGAGAAGGGGGACAACUGGGGCUAAUGUUUUUGUUUAAGUCCUCUAAAAGCAAGGGUCAAAGCCCAAUUAUCUGAGGUUUUUAGAGGAUAUGCAUACAGGGAAAGCAGAAAAGGGGAAACUGGCAAAGACUGAAAGGCCAACUCAUGAAGGUAGGCAAUGCAGGAAAAACAGUCUGAGCUUCUACAGGACCAAGACAGAGACAUACACCAAAGGAGCCCUACAUCUCCCAUGAAUAGAUCCAUUUUAUUAUCCAGCUGUGUUCAGAGCUAGCCAGAUUAAGCUGUGGCAAAUGUGACUGCAGCUUAGUUGCAAAAACAGAUUUCAGAACACAGCAGCCUAUGGGCAAUAAACAGAUUCCAUUGUUCAUUGUAGCUGCAGCCUGAGAUCAAGGUCUGGUCUCUCUGCACAACCCGAGGAGUCCUAGAACUCUCAUCCAAAUGUGGCCUUACAAGUCAUUAUAAAAACAUUUGUUUUCAAGGUCAACCAAUGGGAUACAUUUUACUCAACAACUAUUUUGUCGUACCUUUAAAGUACUCAACUACGUGGCUUAUGGGCCUCUGCGCAUAAUGUUGUCUGCCCUCCAUAACAAUCAUAAAGGUCUCUUAGACCUUUACCUAGCCUUCCUAUGAGGCCUCUACUUGUGGGGAUUGUUUGGUCUACCUCCUUUCUCUACCUCUAAAUCAGUACCUUGGCAGUCAGAAUACCUGACUAAACAAACCUCACUGCAUACACAGAAAAACAGGCCCAGGGAGGCUGAGAUUUGAUGGAACACUGCUGAAACCCUCCCUACCAGUCCAUUCCCCAGUUCCCUUCCUCAUCAGUCUCAGACUCUCAUUUCGGACUAUUCAAUUCUAUUUUCAUUCACAUUUAAAGUUGAAUCCCAAGGAUCCUAUCUUGUGAUAUACCUGGUGGUCUUUCAAAGUUUCCUUUUGACAACAGUCUCAGAUAUUGUCCCAUGGCAACCACAGCAUUGAGAAUAACAGACCAAACUGAUGCCACACCUGAGAAGCCAGUCCUCUGGCUAGCUGCAGAGAAUGAACAUUUCAUACCUGCAUUAUCAUGAUUUCCUCUCCCCACUGACUUGCUUGCAGUAUGUGCUCCCAGGCAGCCUCCUGACCAAAGAACCCAGGGAAGGGGCUGCAGCCUCGACUAUCCAAAGAUGUACAUGGACAUAAGACCACCCCCACAACUCUCCAGUGCUCAUGCCAGCAUCAGCCUCUCUCAAUAGAACCAUUGCAUUUCCACUGAAGACUGUGAGUGACUUUGAUUUAGGGUCCACAGAGUUGAGAAAUGGAGCUCACAAUAAUCUUCCUCUUACCUCUCCACCACAUAUCUGUGGGGACGGCAAGAAGGAGGGAACAGAUCCUCUAGACCAAUGGUCUGGGACUCUGAAAAAUGGCCCUUCAAAAAUCAUGGAGCUAGAAAGGAAACACAGCCCUAAAUAGCUACUGAAUCAGAACAAAGAAAUCUUAUGUCUUCUUUGAUGGAGUCGCAGAAGUGAUCAAAGAAUAAAACUACCUGAAUAUCCGCAGGAGGUGAGUGGGAGACUUGUUUUUAGUAUGAACUAAAGCAAACACUGCGGGUUUGCGCAGCUGUGUAUAUUUGCAGUUCAGGCCAAAGGAAGACAGAUAACCGUUUAGGCAGGGUCUAACACUUUUGGUAAUGUCUACCCAUCUAGUGGCUUUUUGCCAGGUCAGGAAGUUAAGAAGUUCCUUUUUUCUUACAUUUUGAAGGGAAAGCAGACCUUUUCUUGCCAUCAUGACUGAAGAUUACAGACCCCCUCCUAGAUGCUAUCUCCAAGCCACAUCCUCCCUAUUCACUCCCUGCCAUCUGUUGAUUCUCUACCGGUCCCUACAUGUGAUAGACAUAGAACAGAGUCACCAGUCCUCCCUCCACAAGUGACACCUCUUCCUCCAGUGCAGGAAUGUAGGUAGCAAGCAGCACUGGCUGUCAGCCCUUUGGGCUCUGCCUUGGUCACUCUGUGGCUUCACUUGAUCGAUACCUAGUCACCGGGCUUGGGAUAAAAUGUGUUGCCUCAACCAAUUUGGGCCAAUUAACUACACCUUGUAUGGGUAAUUUUUAUCCCAAAACUCUACUUGCAUCAGACCAAGAUUUCUGCUGGGCCUGAAUCAUGGUUUAACUGACCCUGCUCCUCCUUUUCCUAUGAAUUCUUUUCACAGGUGUAAAUGAGUGGCCAAAAUGGUGGCUCCACAUUAUUCACAUCUUAAUCCCCAGAAGCUGUGACAGUUACCUAUAUGAGAAAGGACAUGUUUAAGGAUCAUGGGACUUUCCAGGAUUAUCUAGGUAGAUGCUAAAUGGAAGCCCAUGUGUCUUUGUAAAAUGGAGGCAGAGGGACCUUUGAGAGAGAAGAACCAGUGAUGUGAAGACUGACAGGAUGCAACUAUAAGCCAAAAAACUCCAGCAGUCACCAUGAAGUGGCAAGGGAGGAAUCCUUCUGCCAGAUCCUCCAGAGGAACUAUGGCUUUAAUAAUCCCCUAAUUUCUACCCAGUAAGCCCCAAGAAUUGUGAGAGAAUACAAUUCUACUGGGCAGCACCACCUCCUUCACAGUAAUUUGCUUUAGCACUCUAAAAUCUACUAAAUAUCAGCUUCCAAAGAGCUCUACUUGCAACAUUCACCCACAGUCUACUGUGGGCAAAUGGAAAGUAAUACUUGAGCUAAGAAUGUACUGCACUAGUAGAGCCUUUGCCUAGCAAGCAAGGGCCCUAGUUUCCAUCCCCAAUACAGCAAAAUCAUGGCCUGGCAUGGGGAAGUAUAGGAUCGAUCCUCAUCCAGAGCUGAGGGUUUCCUUCCUCCAAAGCUCUAGACAUCACUGAAGACCCUGCUCAGUCUUAUGUUUAUUCAGAGGCUUUCUUGAUAAUCCAGCCACCAGAAACCACUUUCUGAACUGUGUCCCUAAAGUUCUGGUCCACAUGUUUGUGCCUCUUUUAAGUUUGGUUUUAGGAAGAUCUGUGUCUUGCUUGCCAUCCAACUCAGAGCUUCCCAAGUCUGGCGGUGUUGUGAAAAACUUUGUGUUUACAAUAAAAAGGGAGGACUAGACACAAAGCAGAGGCUAGAAAAUGCUUCUUCAGCCCUUCCCUACUUUGUUCAUGUGCUUUCUUGGCUACCAAUCAGAGAGAGUCACUUCUCAGUAACCAAGAGACAAGUGAGUCAACAUGCAAGAGACUUCAACCAGAAUACAAUUGUUGUCAGCUAUAUUCUGCUGCCGGAGAUUUUGAGUGCAGGCAUUAUUUUGCCAGUUUAUAUUAGCUGUACCUUUUAGCCUGUAAGCUGGGCUAUAUGAUUUGUAGGAACCAAAGAAAAUGGAAACAUGAGAUGGAUCUAUUCAGAAACAGCUCCUAGUUGUAAACAAAGCUAAGCUGAGGCCCUCUACUGUGUAGGUUACAGGCUCACCAAGCAGGCAAGGACUGCAGAGACAGAUCCUCCUUACACUUGUCAUUAAGUGUUGCUACCAUUUAUUGUGGGUUUGUUUGCCUUCCACACAGAAAGGCAGCAGAUGUAGGACAAAGAUGAAAUAAAAUGUAUGCUUAAGGCCUAUGAGAUCAGACUCAGGAAUUGUAACAACAGCCCAGCCCACAAGCCUGACUGUAUAGGAGUAUGCUGGUUUCCGUGGUUUGGUAAGUAUGGCAAUUGUUGACCCUGCCAGUGUUCUUGCAACAUCUAAGCCUGGACAUUUUCUCUGAAAUUAAAAUAAAUACUGUUGUUUACCUUU